AUGGCGGUGAAUCAGAGUCACACCGAGAAUCGCCACGGGGCCAUCAUCCCUUUUGGCGAAAGGCGGAGCCCCGCCCCCGCCAUCGGGGCGCGCGAGGCCGGGCCGCGGGUUAGCGGCUCAGAGGUGGCGGAGGCUCAGAACAUGUUCUUGACAGAUUCCGGCGGGCGGCGGAGGCUUGUCUUGACGCAGUGUCAGGAUGUGGACCUCUCCUUCCCACGGCAACCAGAGGGAUGCAGUCUCUUCAAUGGUACAAAAAGGGGAACACUGUUUCUCACUUCAUACCGGGUGAUCUUCGUGACUUCACAUGCAGUCAACGACCCGAUGUUUUCUUUUAUGAUGCCAUUUGAGCUGAUGAGUAACUGUACCAUUGAACAGCCAGUUUUUGCUGCCAACUUCAUUAAAGGAAUCAUUCAGGCAGCUCCAGAUGGUGGCUGGGAAGGACAGGCUACUUUUAAAUUAUCCUUCAGAAAAGGAGGUGCCAUCGAAUUUGCCCAGUUGAUGAUGAAAGCUGCUUCUGCUGCCGCCAGAGGAGUUCCACUUGGAAGUGUAAAUUACUGGUUCAGCACUCCAGGACUGUAUGUAAUUACUGGGCAGGGGGGUGUGAUGUGCACCCCACAGAUGCCUUGUCCAGCAUACCCAUUUGUUGUCUAUGGACCUCCACAGGCAGGAUAUGGACCCCCAGAGGUGGGAUAUGGACCCUCACUGGCAGGAUAUGGACCUUCACAGGCAGGAUACAGAUCCCCACUGGUGGCAUAUGGACCCCCACAGGUGGGAUAUGGACCCCCACAGGGAGGAUACGGACAACCACCUGGAGUAUAUGGAAUCCUGCCUGCAGGAUAUGGAGCUCUACCAGCUGGGAAUGAAGCUUCAGCAUCUAGAAAUGAAGUCCUACCAGCUGCAAAUGAAGCCCCACCUCCAAGAUAUGAAGUUCCACUUGCUAGAAAUAGAGUUGGGUCUGGCAAAUAUGUGGUACCUCAGCCUUCUCAGUAUGACACUUCUCUUCCCCCUGCCUCAUCUUCUGAGGCCCGUCCACCAUCUUCUCUGAUAUAA